AUGGCAGUGCUUGCCUUCUGCUCCCUCAGCAGCCCGGUCCAGACUGUUCUGUGCAGGAUCUCGAAACUGCCUUGUAACAGGUUACACCCCUCUGCCUUCUCCCUUUCUUAUAUCAAGAGGGGAAAAACACGGAACUACCUCUACCCGAUCUGGUCACCAUACGCCUAUUACCUUUACUGUUACAAAUACCGGAUCACCCUCCGGGAGAAGAUGCUGCCUUAUUGUUAUAAAAGCAUCACUUAUAAGGAACGGGAGGACUUGACACUCCGGCCCCGUUCCUGCCUUCAGUGCUCCGAGUCCCUAGCAGGCCUCCAGGCGGUCAGAAGCACCGAGCAGGGUGAUCACGACCAGCUUAAAGAAUUAUACUCGGCUGGGAACCUGACGGUGCUGGCUACUGACCCCCUGCUCCAUCAGGACCCAGUGCAGUUAGACUUCCAUUUCCGCCUCACCCCCCAGACCUCUGCCCAUUGGCACGGCCUUCUCUGUGACCAUCGACUCUUCCUGGAUAUCCCAUAUCGGGCCUUGGAUCAAGGCAACCGAGAAAGUUUGACUGCAACACUGGAGUAUGUGGAGGAGAAGACCAAUGUGGACUCUGUGUUCGUAAACUUCCAAAACAACCGGAAUGACAGAGGUGCCCUGCUACGGGCCUUCAGCUACAUGGGCUUUGAGUUGGUCAGACCCAAUCACCCUGCCCUCCCUUCCUGGGACAAUGUCAUCUUUAUGGUGUAUCCCCUUGAAAGGGACCUUGGCCACCUCUCCAAUGAGCCUCCCUGAACAUACUUAUUCCUGCUGAGGGGAUAAUGGGAACUUGAUAAAUGGGAACCAGGAUGUGAUUCAGGACACCUUCCAUCUUAGGAAUAAAGGGUAGUGCAAUCCUCAAGCGUUCACUUUUCUUGGGG